CGUCGCCAACAGCGCAUGCGCUCGCCCUGGGACGCUUUUAUGUCUCCGCGGCUUUUCGAGCCCUUGCGGCGUCCUCCUCAGAUUGUGCUUCCGGCGUGAAGGUUACCGACAAGAUGGUGCCGCCGGUGCAGGUCUCUCCGCUCAUCAAGCUCGGCCGCUACUCCGCCCUGUUCCUCGGCGUGGCCUACGGAGCCAAGCGCUACAGCUACCUGAAGCCUCGGGCGGAAGAGGAGAGGAGGCUAGCGGCGGAGGAGAAGCAGCGGCAGGAGGAGCGGAAGCGGAUUGAGAGAGAGCUGGCGGAAGCCCAAGAUGACAGCAUACUCAAGUGAGCCUGCCUCUCUGGAGCAUGUGGAUGAAUAAAGUGUUCCGUGCUGUGUGA